GUGUUUGUCGUGGGUCGGUUUAUAAUCAUUAUCUCCCCCGGAAAACUUCUCGGAGAAGGAGAAGAAUGGUUAUUCCGGCGACUUCUAGGUUUGGGUUUCGUGCUGAAUUCAACACCAAGGAGUUUCAAGCUUCCUGCAUCUCUCUCGCUAAUGAAAUCGAUGCGGCUAUUGGGAGAAAUGAAGUUCCAGGGAAUAUUCAAGAGCUCGCUUUAAUCCUCAAUAAUGUGUGCCGACGUAAAUGUGAUGAUUAUCAAACCAGGGCGGUGGUAAUGGCGCUGAUGAUCUCAGUCAAGAGUGCUUGUCAGCUUGGAUGGUUCCCGGAGAGAGAGACUCAAGAAUUGUUGGCUAUCAUAGACUUGAUGUGGAAUGGUUUCAGCUGUCCUGAAAAUGUCACCUCUUGUGUAAAUAGUCCCGUCACUCUAAUAUCGCAGGUCAUUGAGAGGUUCUAUCCAUGUGUGAAGCUGGGGCAUAUUCUUGUUUCUUUUGAAGCUAAGCCAGAAUCAAAGAUGAUGAUGAAGGACUUCCAUAUUUCAAAGAAGAUGCCACAUUCUCCCAAACAGAAAGUUGGAUUAUUUGUUGUUCGGACAGAGGACAUAAGCAGAUCUAAUUGUAUUGUACAUCCACAAGGAGUCAGCUUUUUGUUGAAUGGAAAGGGCAUUGACAAGAGAGUUAACAUCUCAAUGGAGUCUGGGCCGCAGCUUCCAACUAAUGUUACUGCCCUGCUAAACCUUGGGGCAAAUCUUCUACAAGCAAUAGGCUGUUUUGGAGGUAGUUACUUGAUUGCUAUUGCUUUCAUGGAUGUCAUACCACUGCCCAACAAACCGUUACUGAAAGAUUAUGUUCAUCCUGAAGUCGUUGGAUCAAACUCAGAUUGUGACAUAAUUGAGGGGCCAUCGAGGAUAUCUCUCAGUUGUCCUAUCAGCCGAACGCGUAUCAAACUUCCUGUGAAGGGUCAUGUCUGUAAACAUCUUCAGUGUUUUGAUUUCUGGAAUUAUGUCAACAUGAACACAAGACGACAUCAUGGCGCUGCCCGCAUUAUUCUAGAAGAAGUGGGACGUAAUGCUGCAGAUGUGGUUAUCUCUGCUGAUGGAACCUGGAUGGUUGAGACGGAAAAUGAUGAGGACGUGGAACUUGUGCCAGAAACCACUCAUGACCAUGGAGACCCAAAUAGUUUCAUCAACUUGGGGCCUACUGUUAAGAAUCCUGCCAGAGAUGAGAAUGAAAUGGAAACAUCCACCCAAGUCGAAGAACAUAAUCCUUGUUUAUCUGAGAUUCAGGGUCCGUCAAAUGACACACAUAGGCCUGCUUCAGAUUAUACUAUGCUUAACCAGUCUCAUACUUCAACCAACACACUACCACAGCUGCCACGAACUUUGAAUGCCUUUGAUGGUCAACAAUUCGUGAACUUACCACAAGUAAUAAACACCCGAGAUUCACCAGCAAGCCAAGCCUUACCUAUGACAUUCUCACCAACCCCAUCUCCACAAGAUAUAUUAGCUACUAAUGCGGCAAACUUUGGCACAUCAAUGCCGGCUGCUCAGUCUUCUCAGUUUCAAGGCUCACAUGUUACGUCCCUUGGAAAUUGUGAAGGAAGAACUUCUGAUUUGAUGGCGAGAUGGAACCACAUCUAUGGACGUGUUCAAACUCAAUUUCCACCUGCACCUCUUUCGCAUCAUCAUUAUUCAAUGCAGAAUCAGAGCCCGUCCCCUGCACAGCAAAGACCAGUGCCAUCUUACAUUGCACAUCCUCAAACUUUUCAUGUCAACUACGGAGAGAACGCUGACCAAAGAUGGAUGCCGUCUUCCAUUGCACAUCCUCAAACUUUACCUGUUAACUACGGAGGAAAUACUAACCAAAGACCGAUACCAUCUUCCAUUGCACAUCCUCAAACUUUACCUGUCAACUACAGGGGGAAUACUGACCAUAGAUCGACGCCAUAUUCCAUUACACAUCUCCAAACAUUACUUAACUACGGAGGGAACGCCGAUCAAAGACCAAUGCCAUCUUCCAUUACAAAUCUCCAAACUUUACCUGCCACGUACGGAGGGUACGCCCACCAAAGACCAAUGUCAUCUUCCAUUACACAUCCCCGAACUUCACCUGUCAACUACGGAGGGACCCCUGACCAAAGACCAAUGCCAUCUUCCAUUACACAUCCCCAAACUUUACCUGUCAGCUACGGAGGGACCACAGACCAAAUACUGAAUCCUGGUGGUGCAAUGGGACAGUUCUCAUCACGAGAGUUCAUGAAUUUGACUCCUGCUAACACUGAGAAUUGGCGCCCACAAAGCCGGAUGCGAGGCAGCGUAGCACCUGGUACGGGAUAUGACCAUAUGAUCAUUCAUCCUACCCGUCCAGUUCAUCCACAAGCUCAAACACCUCCUGCGCCUCUUUCAACAUCUUAUGAUGGAGCAGAUGAAAUUCAAGCAUUUAUAGGGCACCCAAGCUAUCCCGUUAGUAAUAACGAAACACAAGCGGGUACCAGUUCGUUGCCAGUGGCAGAGGGUCUUGGGUAUUCAGGGUCGUUUUGGUCAAUGCCUCCUGAGACAUGGUGAUAUCUGAUGGCUUAGAGAUUGUAGCACACGGUCACUAACACAAUCAGUCAGUAGUAAGUAGUAACAGUAUAUAACUAAGGCCUUUCUUUUUUUGGUACUUACAGCUUUAGUCUUCGGGUACAUAUAUGGGGCUAAGUUCUUGAUGUAGCGUAUUCGUGAGAUUUACUUCAUGUGAAACAUUAGGGUAUCUUUUGGCCGAUUUACUAUCACAAUAUAGCAGGUUCAGUUCGCUUUCUUCUGCUCCGAGAAACUUUUUAGCUUCACUAGUGGCUUUUGUUCAUUGAUUGAUAUGUAUUUGGUUUAUGCGGAAGAAUGAGAAAGUUGUUGAUUUUCACGAAAUAACAAAACUUGAAG